CAUGAAGGAUGUCCGUGAGGCGUUCGGGGCUGAAGCGGCAGCAGGCACCAGUUCCAGUCGUCCAUAUUGGCUCCAGCGGCGCGACCUCCACAACAUGUGUCGGUCUGUCGGUAUCACGGCAGCGGAUGGCAGUGCAGUGAAGAACCGCAACGAAGUCAUCAGCGUGCAGAUGUUCGCGGAGGAGAUACGAUCAUCGGAUCAGCAGCACCUGUUGGCCUUCAAACUUCCAGGUGAAGCGGACAGCAACGGCGCAAUCCGAGAUGAAGACUUCGUGUUCGCGUUCUGCUCGUCAUUUCAGCUGGCGAAGUUCGUACAGCACGGUGCAAAGGUUGUGUGCAUGGAUGGCACGCACGCCACCAGCGGUCACGAUUUUCAUCUCAUAACGCUACUGGUGGUGACGGAGACGGGAGCCGGCAUGCCAGUGGCCUGGCUCAUCUCGAGCAGAGAGGACGAGCCUGCCAUAUCAUCCAUGCUGACUGGCCUGGUCCGCACCUGCGAGGAGCUGGAGCUGCCGUUUCCCACCGUCCGGUUUCUUAUGACAGACAAGGCCAUGGCCUUUUAUAACGCCUGGCUGGCGAGCACCUGCCAGCAUGACACCCAACACAUCCUCUGCGCCUGGCACGUCCUGAAAGCAUGGAAGGGCAAGCUGGCGAUGGUAACCAGGUACCAGCGUGUCUGCAAAGCAGUCUGGCCUGGAAAAGACGAGACUAACUCUGGUCCGUGAUGCCCAAAUGUCCCGUGGCAUAAUUUGCAAGCCCAAAUCCGUCAUUUUCCUGCUUCCCUUCCAAGCUCUGAGGCCUGUGUCCUUUCCAAUCCGCAUCCUCUAGGACCUGGUCGCUCGUCAAGAAGUUUAUGAUGCCCUCUGGGGUAUCAUGCACGAACCGGUGGAGGAGAAGGCGGUGACUGCUGCUCACGAGCUGGCCGACAGCCUGAUGACGCACGCCAACACCCGGGCCUUCGGCGAAUAUCUCCGAAACACCUGGGUCGGCUGCACCCGGAAGCGGGCCCUGGGACUC